CUGAAAAAUAUGUGAUUAUUGUAUUAUUUAUUUGAUAUUUUUUACAUUCAGUUUAGUUGAGUCACUAUUACGAAUAAUAAUCAUUCGUUUUUGUGUGAAAUAAUAGUAGCGAAUACUAAUCAAAGAUCAAAAGUUGACUGUGAGAUUAAAUAAAAUCACGUAAUUCUUUUCUAUACAUAUAAAAUUAUUAUAUUUAUAAUUGUAAGUAAAGAAACUUAAAACAUUUAUUAAAUAUACAAAAAUGGGACAAAUACAUACUGUUGGACCUAACAAAGCUCUAAUUGUUUCUGGUGGGUGUUGUGGAUCAACCAGAAAAACAACAGUUGUUGGUGGUUGGGCAUGGGCUUGGUGGCUUAUUACAGAUGUUCAAUAUCUGUCUCUUGAGGUUAUGACUUUAAAUCCCGUAUGUGAUACCGUUGAAACUGUUCAUGGAGUUGCGUUAACUGUAACAGGAGUAGCUCAGUGUAAAAUAAUGAAAGCUGAUGAACUCCUACAAACAGCAUCUGAACAAUUCCUUGGUCGAACAACUAAUGAAAUUAAGCAAACUGUGCUUCAAACUCUAGAAGGUCAUUUAAGAGCUAUAUUGGGUACUUUGACAGUCGAAGAAGUGUAUAAGGAUAGAGAUCAAUUUGCAUCUCUUGUUAGAGAAGUUGCUGCACCUGAUGUUGGUCGUAUGGGGAUUGAGAUAUUAUCAUUUACAAUUAAAGAUGUUUUCGAUGAAGUUCAAUAUCUAACUUCACUUGGAAAAUCACAAACUGCAGCAGUUAAAAGAGAUGCAGAUAUUGGAGUUGCACUUGCUAACCGUGAUGCAGGUAUUAGAGAGGCUGAAUGUGAAAAGUUGGCAAUGGAUGUAAAAUAUGGAACAGAUACAAAAAUUGAAGAUAACUCAAGAAUGUUUAAGCUUCAAAAAGCUAAAUAUGAUAUGGAAGUCAAUACUGCAAAAGCUGAGGCACAGUUAGCAUAUGAAUUACAAGCAGCCAAAAUAAGGCAAAAAAUCAGAAAUGAAGAAAUUCAAAUUGAAGUAGUUGAACGAAAAAAACAAAUUGAAAUUGAAGUACAGGAAGUUGAACGUAGAGAAAGAGAACUGAAUUCUACUGUGAGGCUGCCUGCUGAAGCUGAAAGUUAUCGUGUUCAGGCAAUUGCUGAAGGAAAGAGAACUCAAACAGUUGAAGUUGCAACAGCUGAAGGUGAACGGAUUAAGAAAAUUGGGCUUGCUGAAGCUUCUGCUAUAGAAGCCGUUGGUAGAGCUGAAGCUCAAGGAAUGAUGUUAAAGGCACAUGUGUUUAAACAGUAUGAAGAAGCAGCUGUUAUGUCUUUAAUUAUGGACGCAUUACCAAAAAUUGCUGCUGAAAUAGUCGCGCCAUUGUCUAAAACUGAGGAAAUUGUUUUAUUAAGUGGAAACAGUAAUGUAACAGCAGAAGUUAACAGAUUAGUGGGGCAAUUACCCCCAGCUGUUCAAGCUUUAACUGGUGUUGACUUAAAUAAAGUCUUAACAAAAAUUCCUGGUGUCAAAUAGAAUUUUUACAUAGAAUUGUGAUUUACAAUUUCUAUUAAAUUUUUUAUAUUUUAAGUUUAAUGUAACAUGAUCAAAGACAUUUAUAAGCUUGUCAAACUUCGGUUUUAAAUAUCCGUUAUUUAUUUUGCCAUUUUAUGGAUAAUCAUAAUAAAGAAUUAUUUAGUCAUUAUAUGUUA